UAGAUCAUAUCUUGGAUAUAUACAUCAUUUUUAUUCAACCUAAAAAGUUAUAAUUUGAUCAUAAAAAAAGAGGGGAUAGUUUCAAAUUCAAUUCAUGAACCCAACCAUUUAUAAGCAAAUUUCUCUUUCAACAUUUCUCACACAAAUCCCAUUUCAAUAUAUACAAAGAAAACUAUUUAACAUGAAAACACCUGAGAAACCUCUCGUCGUAAUUCUUUUUGUGAUUGUGAUCUUGUGUGAUGUGUCUCUAGCAAGAUCUGAGAAGAGUGAGAAUAAAAAAAUUACUUACAUUGUUCAUGCUGCCAAAUCCACAAUGCCAUCAAGCUUCGACCACCAUUCAUUCUGGUACAAAUCAAUUCUGAAUUCGAUCUCCAAAUCAGCUGAAAUGCUUUACACCUAUGAUAAAGCAAUCAAUGGAUUCUCAACAAGUUUGACAGUUGAAGAACAUGAGUUACUAAAGAGCCAACCAGGGAUUCUAAAGGUGACACCAGAUAAAAAGUACAAACUCCACACAACUCGAACACCAAAGUUUCUCGGACUCGAUAAAAUUGCUAGUUUGAACCCUGUGACAGAGAAAAGUAGUGAUGUAGUUGUGGGAGUCGUCGAUACAGGUAUAUGGCCCGAAAGCAAGAGCUUUGAUGAUACUGGAUACGGGCCAAUUCCGCGCAACUGGAAAGGAAUAUGCCAAACAGGUAUAAAUUUUACAACAUCUAACUGUAACAAGAAAUUGAUUGGUGCCAGGUUCUAUCGAAAGGGUUUCGAGGCAUCUUUAGAUUCAACUAAUGAAACCAAGUUGCCUAAAACACCUCGAGAUGAUUUUGGCCAUGGAACCCACGCCGCGAGCACGGCUGUAGGAUCUCCGGUGGAAAAUGCAAGUCUUUUUGGCUUAGCCAAUGGGACCGCACGCGGGAUGGCGAUUGGUGCUAGAGUUGCUAUGUACAAAGUUUGUUGGUUAGGAGCUUGUAGUAUGUCUGAUAUACUGGCAGGAAUAGAUCAGGCCAUUGUCGACAACGUCGAUAUUCUUUCACUGUCGCUUGGAAAUAUAGCAACUAAUUACUUCGAGGACAAUUUAGCAAUUGGAGCCUUUGCAGCAAUGGAGCAUGGCAUUCUGGUCUCGUGCGCUGCGGGGAACACUGGUCCUAGUUCUUUGAGUGUCAGCAAUGCAGCACCUUGGAUUACAACCGUGGGAGCUGGAACACUCGAUCGAGAUUUCCCUACAUACGUCCGUCUCGGAAAUGGAAAAAAAUAUUCAGGUGUAUCCUUUUAUAAUGGAAAAUAUUUGCCUGGUACUCUUGUGCCGUUCAUAUAUGCAGGAAAUGCAAGUUCUGAUGAAGGAAAAGGUGAUGGAACAUGUCUUCCAGGUAGUUUGGAUCCAAAAAAAGUAGCAGGAAAGAUUGUGUUGUGUGAUCGUGGAAAGGUUGAAAGGGUGGAGAAAGGAAAUAUAGUGAAAUCUGUUGGUGGUUUGGGCAUGGUGUUAGCCAACACUGAGAAGGAUGGAGAAAGACCUAUGCCUGAUGCACAUAUUUUUCCAGCAACUGCCGUUGGCUUCACAGAUGGCCAAGCCAUCAAGAAAUACUUGUUUUCUGAUCCAAAUCCGACGGGUACAAUUGUAUUUGAAGGAACAAAGCUUGGGGUUGAGCCGUCUCCUGCUGUUGCAUUUUUCAGCUCAAGAGGACCCAAUUUAAUAACCCCGGAAAUAUUGAAGCCCGAUUUGAUUGCGCCCGGUUUUAACAUUUUAGCAGCAUAUCCAAAUAACUUGAGUCCUACAGGCUUGGGUUCAGAUCCUAGGCUCAUAGAUUUCCAGAUUAUGUCAGGCACAUCAAUGUCAUGCCCACAUGUAAGUGGAUUAGCAGUUUUGAUCAAGUCGGUUCAUCCAGACUGGAGCCCAGCUGCCAUUCGAUCUGCGUUGAUGACAACUGCUUAUAAGACUUACAAAAACAACCAGACAUUGGUGGACGAUGCAACUAAAAAGCCAGCAACUCCGUUUGAUUUUGGUGCUGGACAUGUUGAUCCCGUUUCCGCGCUAAAUCCUGGACUUGUCUAUGAUUUGAGAGUGGAUGACUAUUUGAGUUUCUUAUGUGCAUUGGACUACACACCUGCUCAGAUUGAAAUUGUGGCGAGGAGAAAAUACACAUGUGACCCAAAGAAACAAUACAGUGUAACAAAUCUUAAUUACCCUUCUUUUGCUGUGGUCUUUAAGGGUGAGCAUGAUGAGAUUAAACACACUCGGACUCUUACUAAUGUGGGUGCGGAAGGAACAUACAAAGUAUCAAUUAAUUCAGAUAAUCCAGCCAUUAAGAUCUCAGUUGAACCAAAAGUGUUAAGUUUUAAGAAAAAGGAGAAAAAAUCAUACACAAUUACAUUUACUACAUCAGGUUCAAAACAAAAUAUUAAUCAAAGCUUUGGAGGUUUGGAAUGGUCCGAUGGAAGAACCGUUGUUAGAAGUCCUAUAGCAUUUACUUGGAAAUUACAGUAAAAGCUUAAUAUUUUAUUGUUAUGACUAUAUAACUCAUAGCAAUUGAAUGAAAUAGUAAGAGGUAUGUUUCAGUUUUAUAAGAGGUUUUGAGUUUAAAUUCAACUUUGAAUACAUAUCAAUGUUAAAUUCAGUUGAAGAA